GAGUGUGUGCGUGCGUGCGUGCGUGCGCCGCGCUGUGCUGUUGCUGCCCUUUGAUCCCUGCAUUAGUGUUAGUUAGGGGCUCGGAGACACACUUGCACCGAGAGAGCAGCCAUAGUCAAGACAAGGCAACAACAACAGCGGCGGCGCCUCCUCCUCCGCCUGUGCUCCCGCUGCCCAACAAUCCACUUUAAAGCGAGCAAAGCCAGGUGCACGACCGAGCCCCGGCCAUCGCUGGCGCCUCCAGGCUCAAUGGGGAAAAACCUUUUUUCUUCCUAUCCCCAAACAAGAACGAGAAUGUGAUUAAAAACGGGGGGAAAAUGCCAAGGAGGAAGCAGGAGCAACCCAAGCGCCUGCCUUCACAUGUGGACAGCAAUGAAGAAGGAGGGCCUGACGGUGGUCCUGUGGAGGAGGAAGGCUGGUUUGGGAAUGCUUCUGAUACACGUUCAGAGUCAUCAUCUUAUGGAGACGCCCAAGAUGACAUCCUCCUGGCUCGAUGCUCCUCUCCUGAUGAACGACCUGGAGUCGGCAUUGGGUCUGGUGACCAUGAUGUUUGUGGAGGUGAGAGCUCACUUGGUUGCCCUACACCCGUCCAUCGUGCCUCUUUGGAACUUCUUGGAUUGGAUGGAGGUACAUUCUCGGCCCAGGACACGCUCUCCUCUGUAGUAUCAUCACUAUAUGGAGAGGCAGCAUCUCGUGCUCUGGGAAAACCCCUCAGCAGCAACCUCCGGCGUCUCCUAGAGGCUGGCUCGCUUAAACUUGAUACUGGGGAUCUCCUUGUUCGGUCAUCCAGGGGAGGUGCUGAGGGAGAGUCACCUCCAAUAGGACUAGCUCCAACGUUGACCCUCUCUCCAUCUUCCCAUCAUGCCCAGCAGUUAAGUGCUCUUGCCCGAAAACUGGCUAAUAACAGCAACAGUGGCUCAGCCUCACCAGCCUCCUUGGCACCCUCAAUCACCAAUAUCAAGCAAGAACCUCUUGACCCCUUUAACUCAGUCGCACCUAGCAAUGGCAGUGGCUUUGUGUGGGCAGGUGUUGCAGAUAAGUGGCCACCAGCUAGCUGCUCAACACCAUGUGGCUCCAGUCUAUCCCCGGACUCUGCAAUCCAAAAAUUAAAAGCUGCAGCAAAUGCUGUACUUCAAGACAAGAAUGCAGUGGCCUCCUCAUCAGCAACUUCUUCCACCUCCUCCACCUCUGCCUCAUCUGCAGUACCCACUCUUGGUGGGGGUGGUAGGGGAGAUGAUGUGGUACGCUUUGAUGCCUUCAACUCUCCAUUUAGCCCUCAGUCGGCGAGCUCCACCCUCGCUGCACUUUCCAAGAAAGUCAGUGAGCGGAGCCAAGCCUCAUCAACAGCCAGUGCUGCUAACGACCACCAGACCUCAGCUAGUUCCUUUCUCUCACUUGUGUCAAUGACCUCCUCUGCGGCCUUGCUUAAAGAGGUGGCAGCUCGGGCGGCGGGAAACCUGCUUGCAGAGAAGGAGGGUUCUCCCCUGGCCAAUGCUGGAAUCCUCCAAGAGGAUGUAAAACCCCUGUUGGACAAGAACCAGAAGGCGUCCACGCCCUCUACACCCACUCAGACGCUAGAAAUGCUGUUGCCAUCAACUCCAAAGGGCAGAGGCAAACCCAGCAGCCAAGCAGGCUCUCCUGAGGAUGGUGGCAAACCAUUCCAGUGUCCCGUGUGUGGACUGGUCAUCAAACGCAAGAGCUACUGGAAAAGACACAUGGUCAUCCACACAGGCUUGAAAAGUCACCAGUGUCCUUUGUGUCCAUUCCGCUGUGCUCGCAAAGACAAUCUUAAAUCCCACAUGAAGGUACAUCAGCAUCAGGACCGAGGUGAGACAUUUCAGUGCGAACUUUGCCCUUUCACUUCUUCGCGUCACUUUAGCUUGAAGCUUCACAUGCGUUGCCACCAGCACUUUCCCCGCACAGACAUCAAGGUGAAAGAGGAGCACACCACCGACACAGAGGGUGAGGGCUCCCUGGUGGGUGACAGCAGCUCUGCAGACCUGAGAGGGACUGAGGCCUCUCCGCUGCACACAGAUGCUCAGCAACAGACUUCCUCUCCAGUUGAGGCUUCAUCUAACCAUGUCCACAUCAAGGAGGAGCCACAAGAAAGAGACCUGUCUGUGCUUUCGCCUUUCACCAUGUGUAGGGAGCGACCCAGCAGUAGUGCCAACUCAUUGGACCUGUCUGGAGUUGGAGUGGGAGUCAUAUCCAGUCCUAGCGGUCCAACCGCCUCCUCGCUCUUCAGCCCCGAUAUCACUACCAAGACAGCCACUGACCUGCUGAUGAAGUUGUCAGCAGCCAACCAGAGAGAGACAAUGAAAUCUCCAUUCCACCUGAAGGAGGAGCCCAAGACAGAGGAAGUACUGAGUCCUAGACCGGCUUCCCAGAACCAGGUUCAAUCAAGCUUCCCAGCAGCUUUCUGCCAGGAUGGACUGCCGGGAGCUGCAGGAGCCACAGAGCACCCGGGGCCUCACAAACCAAGAGAGGGAAGCCCCGUGGCCAAAAAGAGUUUGCUGAGCCAGGAUAUCAACAUUAAGGUGGCUUCUGAGCUGCUGAUUAAGCUUUCAGAGAACAACAAAGAUGCUCAGUACCCAAAGGUGAAAGUAAAGGCAGAGCCUAUGGAGGUGGACCCAGCCCCCACAGAACUCAGCCCUCCUGCCUCUCACCUGCUGACCUUCAGCACUUUAGGGGCAAGUGAGAAGAGUGAGCCAAUGACUAACCUCCCUGAGACGUUGGCUUGGCCCCAGAAAGAUCUCUUCUCCCAGGAUAUAUCGGUCAAAAUGGCCUCUGAGCUUCUCUUCAAACUGUCAGAAAAAGUCAGCAAAGCCAAUAACCAUAAGGACAACAACAUGGUGGGAAUACAUAGUCCAUUCUUGGAUGAGUGCUUCAGACAAUCACCCUUUAACUCGCACUCCAAGAACUCUUCACCUGCGGAGGCCAGCUCCUCUGCGAGGGCCACAUUCCACGACUUAGAAAAGAAUGAUGGGGAGCAGGGAAACGGGAUUGCCAUGUGGAGACAGAACGAACAGCUCUAUCCGUGUCCCGUUUGUGGGAAGGUGUUUGGUCGACAGCAAACCCUUUCUAGACACCUGUCUCUACACACAGAAGAGAGGAAGUACAAGUGUCACCUGUGUCCUUAUGCAGCCAAGUGCAGAGGUAACCUCAAUCAACACCUGACCAUCCAUUCUGUCAAGCUGGUCAACACAGACACUGACCAGAUCGUCUGUGCGGUGACCGCCGACUCUGCUGAGCGGAACAACUACCCGUACCACUACAGCUGCCAUGUGUGUGGUUUCCAGACGGAGCUGAACGCCCAGUUUGUCAGCCACAUGUCGCUCCAUGUGGAUAAGGAGCAGUGGAUGUUCUCGCUGUGCUGCAGCGUGUGUGACUACGUUUGCAUGGAGGAGAACGGCAUGAAGAACCACAUUAGUACUGUGCACGCAGGUUUGAACUCAAGGAGUCCACUAAGUGAGACCAAGAGUACCUCCUCUUCCCUCUCAGCUCUCAGUGAUUCACUCAACAGCUCUGAGGGUGGCGAUCUCGCCCCCAGUAAUGAAGAACUCAAGAGUCUGCUAGCCCCGCCCUCCUCUGCAGGUAGCCAAUCCAGCUCUGGAAGCCACUCAGGAUCAGGAACUGAGGAGAAGUCUGAAAAAGGUUUCGAGUGUGUCUUCUGCAAUUUUGUGUGCAAGACGCGCAGCAUGUACGAACGACACCUGCAGAUCCACCUCAUCACACGCAUGUUUGAGUGCGAUGUCUGCCACAAAUUCCUGAAGACACCCGAGCAGCUGCUGGAACACAAAAAGUGCCACACCGUCCCCUCCGGAGGGCUCAAGUGCCCUUUCUGCAUCUAUUCCACUAACCGUCCAGCGGCCAUACAGUGCCACCUUAAGACGCACUGUAAGAUGGAGUACCGCUGCCGCAUCUGCCGGGCACUGUGGCCCGACCAGGCCUCACUGGAUGCUCACAUGCGUGGCCACCGCCUGGGCAACCACUACAAGUGUGAUCAGUGCGGCUACUUAUCCAAGACGGCCAACAAGCUGAUUGAGCAUGUGCGCGUGCACACGGGCGAGCGGCCAUUCCACUGCGACCGCUGCUCUUAUAGCUGCAAGCGCAAGGACAACCUCAACCUGCACAAGAAGCUGAAGCACGCGCCACGUCAGACUUUCGGCUGCCACGAGUGCCCUUUCAGCACCACACACCCCUUUGUCUUCAGCCGCCACCUCAAGAAACACCAGGGUGGGGGAGCAGGGGGACUGGACGGAGGAGGAGAAGCAGAGGAGGAUGAGGAGGAGCUGCCGCUAGAGGGUACAUCACCGGGUGGGUCGACAGCACAGAAGGGGCGGGAGCCGUUUGUUUUUGGUGGCGGGAGCAGUGGGGGGAGCGGAAGCAGCAGCCCAUUAAUGAGUUUGACGGCCUCCCAGGCCCUCCAGUCUGUCGCCCUGUCAGUUACACUGGGGAGGGCCCACCCGCCUGACAGCGCCGCCCCUGUACCUCGUCACUGCUUAGCUAGCACUAAUGGCAGCAAUGUUCCCAGAAACCCCAGCACCCCGAGUGGGGGCGCCCUCCCCUCUAUCGUCUCUCCUUCCUCUCACUGCAUCUUGGAGCAGUACAGGAACUGUGAGCAGGCUCACCUGAUCCCCCUCACCACCUUGUUCACCCACAACAGCCGCUACACAUUCCAUUCGCACCUCCACCCCAGCUGCCGGCGUGCCACGUCUCCUUUCCGCUUCUCCUCCAGCUCCGUGUCCCCCUCUCAUUCUCCCUCACCUACUGCCCACAAACACUCCUUCCUGGCCUACCUGGGACUGAUGAAGAGGGCCAAAACUGUUUGACCUCACUCGCCUCCUUUGCUCACUCUCUACCCUCAAUCCACGGACUGUGGCGUCGGUCACGCUGGACCACUGCAGCAGGAGUGACGUCUUUUCCAAUCAAACCAGCAGAAUAAGCUGGACCAGACAAACAUAUAAAAAAAUAAUAAAUUUAUAAGAGAAAAAUGCUGUACAUACUAAAAAAUGCAUUUAUAUCAAAAAGCUGCUUUUCUUAUCAGUUCUAUUCAUUGAAUUAUUACUGUUUCAGCUAUUACUCUAGUACCUAUUUCUGUUUUUAAAUGUCUGAAUGACUUGGACCCAAUUGCAUUAUUUGAGGAAACUAACGUAUCUCGGUUUUAUAGAUAUUUUUUUCUUUAGUUGUUUGACACGAUAAAAGUUGAAAAAGAAAAACAAGUUGCAACUGCUAUAUUUUAGUGCAUUUUUGUCUAUUGGUAUUAUGCAUCAAAAUAGCAUGCCUGUUUCUGUGUUUCGAUUAGCUUUUGACGUCAAUGGGAAGCUAAUUUGACAUAGCUUGACGUGUUGGCAGCGUGACAUGGACAGAGCCAAUGAAAGACACGUUCCCAAAGCGGCGCCUCAAACCACGCACUUAUUUAUCAAUCUUGUACAUAGUUUUGUAGCCCUGCCCUUUUCCAUUAUUUAGACUUAUUUUUUUUCGUAUUAUGGUGAAACCAUAUUAUGCAUAGUUGCUGUCGGAUGUCCACUCUGUCUCAGAAUAAAUGUUGCCUGUUGAGGACAGUUUUAAACUCACAAAAGAGGAAAACAAGCUGUGAUUAUGUAAAUACGGAAAAUGUUCAGCCUAACCUCAUGACAAAAAAACAAAACUUUUAUUACGCUGAAUUUAUUUUAAUUCAAAUGUAAAAGGUUCUCCGAUGCAUUUGCACUCGCACGCGAGUCAUCCUCCAGAGGUUUAUUGCUGAGACCAGGUGCGUAUCUGUGCGACGUUAUAUGCAGAGCUACGUAUCACGCACCGACACAUAGAAGAGAUAUAUAAUUGUUUUGUGGAGGUGAGCAGCUCGCGGUCAGUUCGCUGCCUGCAGCACGCAUCACCACAGGCCGAUUCAAUGGUGCUUUUUGGAGCUUUUUUUGUAAUUUUGUGUACAAAAAAAAAAGAAACUGUUCCAAAAUGACUUGAAUGAAUGUAUUUUUGUUUAUGUACAUGAAACCGUGAUACAGAAGGUUUUCUGGGCGGGUAAAGACAGAAGAUGACUUUGGUGUGUGGUGGCCUUCUGUGUCUGUCUUUUUUUUUUUUCUUUCAUCUUUUAACUGAGCCUUUUACAUCAUAUGAAAUUUUCUACUAACAGUGAUAAUAACCCGUUGUUGAGAAAAGCUCCUGUAGGUGCAAUGAAGAAGCUCGCUUGUAAAGCGUCCACGGCUUCUUUCAGGCCGGCAGACACGGUACUGCUUUGUAUCCAGCUAGAUUUCUUUUUCUUUAUUUUACUUGCACUUAAUGUGGCUACAUGGAAGCCAAAAGCACUUAAACCCUUAAUUUUCCUCUUUUUUUUUUUGUGCAAAAUUAGAUCCACCAACUUACCGUCAUGUGUUGUAGUCAGUGGCUGAAUGGCUCAAUCAGCUCUCCAAGUUUUCUCCUGAAGCAGAAACUGGGGAAAGUAAAUGAAGACAAAUUGCAUGAAUUAGACGGUAGAGGCCGAGCUCUCCCUGGGAACUAAAGGACCCAGGCUAAAUUGUUAGCACCAAUUUUGCACAGUGCUGCACUUUUGAUUCUGAGAAUAUGUAUUUAUUCGUACAGUUCUAACAUGCUCAAAAAAAAAGUGGCGACGUGGCAUCCGUAUAAGCAUUUUACUUUGAAAAAGCUUUACCCGUUACAGAUAGGUCUCCAAGCAAAAAUCCCUUAUUUUUGUAAAGGGAUUGAUUUGUUUUUUUUCUCUCUCAUCUUUUCCUCACAUUUGUUUUAAUCAUGCAUUUUCUUAUGAAUUAUUUUUUUACUGAAUUGGUGUCAAAUGUCAGAUUGGAAAGAAAAGGCGCAUUUAUCAAGAAACCAAAAUGGGACUCGGCACAGGACGUGAUGUUAGGAUGGAAUCCGUCACGUCCCAUUUGUUUGCUCUGUACCACCCGCGUGGCGUAAGGAUCAUCUGCCGGAUACGCCUCCCCCUCUGCUUGUGCUUUCUACGUUAUCUUUUGUACUCUAGUGCCACUUGGUGGAAGGAAACCACCUGAGACUUCUGAGAACGAGUGAAACUAAUCAUCAGGGUCCAACAAAGAAGUGUCCACUUUUCUUUUUUUCUUCCUCCACUGUCUGCCUUUUAAUCCAUUGUCAUAUGUGGCUGCACUUCAUGUUAAAAAGGCAGCACGGCUCCCUUUAAUUUUAAGCACUUAUGUUUAUUUUGUCCAGCUAUGCUUUUUUUUUUUUUAAAGCCCAGCUUUCUUUUCAGCACUUAAGUGUCCGUGACAUUGCCCCUUUUUUCAGAACACAUAAUUAUGUCUGUCCCACAUUUGCAUUGAGUUAGCACCAUACCACACUGUCUACAAUCAGUUCUCUUUACGUUUGACUGUUUUUUAUGAUCACAAAAGGCUCAAACAUGUUUUUGGCACUUGGUAAAGACUGGGAUGUGCUGUACAAAGCUUUUUUUUAUUAUUGUUAUUAUUACUCCGUUGUUAAGGCUGUACAGGGUUGUGACAAUAACUGGUAAAUAGAUCAUUUGUACUUUUUUGGUUUUGUAUUUGUUUGGCAUUAUUUUAUGUUCAACUUGCCAGAUCUAAAUGUAACAGGAUAUGAAAGUAAAGCUUACAUCAAAUAUUA